CCCCCAUCCUCACCCUUCACCACCAUCUCGUCUCCAUCUCUAUCUCGCAAGCCAUGUCGCGCCCUUUCAAGCCGCUGCCUACAUUCCCCAACCCCAUCCAGUGGGAUGUGCCAGGCCGUAUUGCAGAGUUGCAGGCCAUGAUCAACAACCCUGCCACUGAUGAACCACAAAAGCUAAACCUCCAGACUGCUAUCAACCUGUGUCAUACAAAAGAGCUCCCAGGACGGUUUAAAUGGAUUCAGGACGGCAAAGUUGUUCGCCAUAAGGAUAUUGAUUUCCAGCGGCCUUUCUGGGUUGAGGGUUAUGGCCAGCAACUAUCCUCCCAGAUUAUGAUUCCAGCUACUAUGCCAGAGCCAUCUUGUGCGCCUUCUCAGCCCAUGUCCAAGAGUCCUUCGAACCAUCAACUGGCACAUCGCACGAUGUACACUCACUAACCAGCAGGUCAAGGCCUUGGACACGAGAUAUUCGCACGAGUUAGGCCAGUUUCGGGCCUCUUAUCCCCUUUGUUCUCAAUUGAUGUCACAAUGCUCAAUGACACUGGAAGUAAUACCAUGACAAUCUUUGAUACAGAUCUGGUUGAUUUGGCCAUUCCUUCAACCUACAGGGGGUUCGGCGCAAACGUCCCAGUAACAACAGCUGUUGGAAUAGUCUGGCGGCAACAAAUCAGUGUUGAAAUACAGCUGCUGGAUUCACAAGGUAAUGUUGUGUCCGACUGGAUUUUGGAGGAGGGCAUUGUCACACCAGCAGCCACCGGUGCUGGUAGACUCUCAGGUGAUGGCAUCAGACAAUCUCUGUACUGUGCAACGGCGCCAGGAAACCAGCAUCUGUAUGUUGCAGAGAAGAGAAAUGGCAUUAUUCAACAGCUUCCAGUCGUCUAGCGAUGGAGACCUAGCGACAUGCGGUGAUUUUCAGCAGUAGGAGGAGACUGCGGUCUAAUUGUCUGGAGCUGCUUUUGGCCCUUGUGCCUGGGCUCUCGCUUGUGUUUGGUGAGAAGCCUUUUGGUUAAUUAGGCCUUUUGAAAUUUCGGCAGCUUUACGGGGCGGAAGAUUUAUCUACUGUACAUCGCUGCAUGAGAUGCCU